AUGGUUUUCGAUUCUUCAUUUGGAAAUAUUUUAAACAUUAAUGAAGAUAUAGAUAUGAAUGAAAUUUUAAACCCAAGAUUAUUAAAGAGAAGAAUUGGAGAAGUAGAAGAACCAAUAAUUCUUUUCAAUAAAAUGAAUGAGUUAUCAAGUACUUUGAAUAGUUUUGCCGUUUUCCCAUAUAGACAGUUGAAUAAAAACACACCAAUUAAAUUGCAUACUUCAGAAUUUAAUAUUAAGAUUUACGAUGAACCAUCGGUCCCCUUUUUUACAGAAGAGAAUCUUGAAAAUGAUAGAUUUUUUGAGUUAGGUUCUAUUAAUUUCAUUCAAUCAAUGAAUCCCUUAAAAAUUGUAAAAUGUUCUUUUAAACUUAGGGAAUGUGAAACAAUUUAUCAAGAUUUACCAUUUGAUUCUACCAAAAACGAUCACAUUGAUAAUGUAGACUCAUCUGUUAUCAAUUAUAAGCAAACAAAUGUAAAAAUUAUAUCAACUCCAAAAUAUCUACCAAUGGUUAAGGGGCAACAAUUUUGGUUAGUUAAACCAACAUUUUAUAAAUAUUAUGAAGAUAGAUCAUUUAUUGAAGCAAGGUCAAUACUUUCAAUCUUAUAUACUUCAGGUUCGUUGUAUCGCCAAGAAUUAAUCAUUCCUCUAGAUAAUGAUCAAUUAUCAAAAGCAUGCACAAAUGAAAAUUUUGCCAAUCAGUUGGUGGAUAGUGAAUUCAUAAACUGGGAUAUUUAUCACCAAGAUUCUCAAACAAAUAUAUUUGAAGAUUUCUUACAAUUGUCUAUUACUUCUGAAAACAAAGAUGACCAAAACACAGCAUCUAAUAUCAUCAUUAUCAAGUACAUUCUAAAUAUCGUAUUAGAAUCAUUUAACAAAUCACAUAUCCCAAAUGAUAUAAUGAUUACUGAAAAUAAUUCAUUCCUCAAAAGCAUCCAAUGUUUAAUGGAGUAA